UUUCGCAUAUAUCCAGAACUCAGUACAUACCAAGCAGAAAAAAAAAAAACACCCAAUACAAAGGCCAAAAUGCUCUAUACACAUGCCACGAUCGUCACCGUUGACCCGUCUCGUCGCAUCAUCAAUGACGGUGCAAUCUGUGUUCGGGACGAUAUCAUCGCGGAUAUUGGCAAAACAGCCGAGCUGAAAGGGAAAUAUCCCGACGAUGAGGAGUACGAUCUUUCAGGCCGGAUUGUCAUCCCUGGAUUGAUUUCCACCCACAUGCACACUGCCCAGACUCUCUUACGAGGUGCAGCCGAUGAUCUGGAGCUGGUUUCGUGGCUUUGUGAGCGCAUCUGGGUGCUCCAGGGCAAUUUCACGGCCGCUGAUGGGUAUGCGGGUGCGCGGUUGAGUAUUGGCGAAAUGCUGAAAACGGGGACUACCUGUUUCUUAGAGAGUAUGUUUGCUGACCGGUACGGGUUUGAUGGUCUUUGUCGUGCGGUUGAGGAGAGUGGUAUCCGUGGGUGUCUGGGAAAGAUUGUCAUGGAUAUCGCAAAGUAUGCCAAAGAUGACGCCUGGGCAAUGCAUCCCGGUCUCGUAGAAGACCGCGAGACAUCCUUACUUGGAACCCUGAAGAUGUGGGAUAAGUGGAACGGAAAAGCGAAUGAUCGAAUCCGAGUGUGGUUUGGAGCUCGUACGCCUGGAGGAGUAUCUGAUGCACUGUACCAAGAAAUGACACGAAUCUCCCGUGAAAAGGGUAUUCCAAUCACGAUGCACUGCGCCGAAGUCAAGGCGGAUCGGGACUUUUUCGCCUCUGUCGGCCACACCCCGAUGACAUAUUGCGAUUCCGUGGGGUUACUGUCGCCGUCCACGGUGCUGGUGCAUAUGGUCCACCUUGACGACAAUGAUAUCCGCGUGUUGGCCGGAUCCGGUACUCACGUCGCGCACUGCCCUACCUCCAAUGCAAAACUGGCGUCGGGAAUCUGCCGCGUCCCCGAUUUGCAAGAGGCCGGAGUCAAUAUCGGACUUGGAACCGAUGGAGCACCAUGCAACAACACCUGCGACCUGCUCCAGGAAAUGAAACUGGCGGCGAUCAUUCACAAGAGCAUUUCCUAUGAUCCAACCGCGGUCCCGGCGGAAUCUGUAUUGGAGAUGGCGACCAUCAACGGGGCCAAGGCGCUCGGGCUCGACGAUCGCAUUGGAAGCUUGGAGGUUGGCAAGAAAGCCGACUUUGUAGCGAUCGAUAUGCGUGGGAUUCAUUCGCAGCCGUGGUUUAAUCCCGUCAGCGCGGUGAUCUAUACCGCGACCGGAAGAGACGUGGACGUGGUUGUCGUAGAUGGCAAGGUGCUGGUUGCCGGAGGCAAGCUGUUGACCAUGGACGAGGAGGAGAUUGUACGAGAAGCUCAGCAGAGAAGCCGCGAGGUGGUUGAGAGAGCCGGGUUGCUGCAAAAGGUCCAGCCUCGCUGGCCGGUGGAAUAAAUUAAGAUACUCUGAUCUUUGUACAUACGUAUGCAAAGUUCCCGAAUGUGUUCGGAGUUCAGUACAUAUGUAACGGGUCAUAUUAGCUGUAUGGGAAUUCUUCUGCUUUCUUGAAUAUCUCUUAAAAAGUAUUCAAUCUCUCC